GCCAUUGCUGGAGGAAUUGCCUGGGAGAGGGGAGACCACAUGGAAGAUAAACAACUGACCUUUCAGCUUACAUUUGUGGAAACGAUGACAGACAAACCCCAAACAGAUUUGGAAGUCCAGAUUAAAAACCAAGGACUUGAUCCAAAGAAAUGGAAGGAAUUGUUAAAGAACGAGUUUCAAGUUACAUCAAUUGAGGCGCUCCAGCAUUUAAACAAAGAAGACUACCAGAAGCUUGAAAAGCAUGCAGAAGCUGACUGGGAAAGACGUGCUUUAGCCAAGCUGGUUAAUGUUGACAUUUCACCAAAAUCAGAUGAAGAUUUGGAAAAGAUCGAAGACUCAGGCCUUGAUACAGAGAAAUGGAAAAACAUAUUGAAAGAGGAGUAUGGAAUCACUUCAUUAGUUUCUCUCCAGUACCUAAAGAAUAGUGACCUCCGCUUACUUCAAAAGAAAACUGAAAAAGAAUGGGAGAAGAGAGCCUUGAGCAGACUGCUAAACACUGAGAUUGCACCAAAGAUGACACAAGAGGAUGAGAAAAGGGCUUUGGAAAUGCGUCAAAAAAUAAGUGAUGGACUUGCAAAUGUAACUAAAGAUCUAGAAAGCCAUCUCAAAAGAAUUGGGAGAGAUGAGCUUGGCAAUAACGAUCUAAAAGCAUCUGCUGAUAAAUCCUUGAGCACUUUAACAGAGUUAAUGAAUAAAAUGGACACAUUAAACUCUAACUCAGUGAAACGAACAGAAUGGACACCGUCUGAUUUAAUUUACAGAGCAUCAGAAGGUGGCGUUUUCAGAGGAAUCUUGUUCAGUAAUGAUGUUAAGCAUGAACAAGUCUAUCGAGGUAUUAUCUUGGAUAAACCAGUGGAAUGUUGCUUGCUCGGGCCAUUCUUGAGCAUGCAGGAGAAAUCGUACACCUUUCAGUCUUCAGAACAUGAGAGCUCAUUUGAAAGCAGUCUGAAAACAUGUGGCGCUAGUUAUUCAGCUGAACUCCAUGCAUCCUUUGCAGGAUUCAGUGUGGAGGCUGGUGGAGGAACAGCAAGCAGCUGUACAGAUAGCAACAAGACAAGUCGGGCCAAGGCAGAGUCCUAUGGAUCUGUGAUAAAACAAACAUUCAUGCCCAUGGCUUCAUUUGAAUUCACCCACACACAGUUAAAGCUGUCUGAAGACGCCUUGCAUGUCUUGAAAGAAAUAGAUGACUUUAUGAGCAGAGAUUUGAUUAGUCGACAAAUGGUGGUUUUAUUGCAAAGUCAGGCUAUUAAAUUUCUGCAACUAUUUGGGUCUCAUGUAAAUGGCAGCGUUGUUCAUUUUGGAGGUAUACACUGUGUUAAGGCGUCAUCACAUGAAGUUCAUUCCAGUCAAAUGAAAUCAAAGUUCAAUGAAAUGUCCAGAUCUAUUGAUGCUCAUGUAAAGGCUUCCUUCUCAUUUUAUGGGGGUGGUGGAUUCUCGGCUUCACACAACAAUAGUGAUGCCAGAGAAUCAACGGGAACACAUGAGACCAAUACAAGCGACAUUGAUAUUGCAGUUCAGAUGAUCGGCGGGCCCCAGGAGGCUUGUUCUAUUCCAGAGUGGAAGAGAGGGCUGGUUGAAAACCAGAGCACCUGGAGUGUGAUUGACCGCGGCCAGGCCAGCAAUUUUAUCCCAGUCUGGAACAUCAUUAUGGACAACCACUUCAAGAAUUUCAAUGAUCCAAUGGGACUGGCUUGCAUUCUGAGGGAGUGUUGGAGAGAAAUGGUUGCAAGCCAGGCACGUGGAAAGGGUGCCAGAGUAGAUCAUCCUAAGUGGUGGGAUGAUGAGAGAAUUGAUGAUUUGGUAAAGAACGGAAAAGAAUGGAAAAGCUUUGAUAUAACUGAUGUAACUCAGUUGUGGGCAGUGAAGAGCUUAGAAAAUCUGGUGAAGAGAAAGAAGUCUUUGACAACAUCAGAAAACUAUGAAGAGCAGGAAUCGCAAAUCAAAGUGAAGUGCGAGAGGCUGAGUAGUCUGAUGGAUGAAUACAUGGAGGAGGAGCAAGCAGAUGAUCUGUGGAAAGCCUUUGGUACUGAAUUAAUCAGCGACAGACCUAAAAAGGAAACGGGUGGACAGAGGGUUGCCCCUCAUAUUAUCUGGGAACUGAAAAGAAUAUACAAGGACAAAGAAGAAGCAGCUUGCAGAACCAACAAACUGGAAUUGGACGGCUUCCUCACCAAGGGACAACGUAUCAUUUCAAAAAAUGGCAAAUACACGGCUAUUUUUCAGGACGAUGGGAAUUUCGUGGUGUAUGAAUCCCCCGAAGGUGUGCCAAUAUGGGCUAGCGACACUUGGGGGAAAAAGGAAUGCUGACAAGGUUAUUGAUGUAACUUAAAAAAGAGGAUGUUACCAUGCAAGGAGACUGCAAUCUGGUGAUGUAUGAUACCAAAGGGACUGCCCUGUGGCAAUCCAACACUCGCAUGGCUAACUGCCAAGCCUGUUGCCUGACUCUGCAAGAUGAUGGCAACUUGGUCAUUUACAGAGACAAUAAAGAAAUUUGGUCUGCAAGAAAAAUAAUAUUCAAGCAUCUGUUUUGAACAGGUUUGCUGACAUGGCUCCUUAGUACCUGCACUGCCCUCUCUCAACAAAUGUUUGAGUUGGAGCUGUAUGCUCGGGUAAAGAGGAAAACCUUUUCAGUCAAACCUCCCACAGAUCAAGCUCUUUGCAUUUAACUCAGUAUGCAGAUAAUAUUGCAUCUGUCCAAGCUAGUACUUGCACCUCCCUUUCUCAACAGAUCUGUCCAAUAAAGUGAAUGUUAUCCAGCUUUAUAAGAACGGCCUCCAAGAUGUCAAAAUCAAAAGCCUAAAUUGAAAGUUGUUUUUAAGAAACUUUCUACUGUAAUCAGUUGUGUAGUUUCUUGCCUAUUUGCUGUAAUGACUACAAUAUAUGUGCAUGAAGUUACUCCAGUAUAACUGCACUGACAUUUUUGCCUAUCGCACCUUUUAUGGGCAUUGGGGGGGGGGGGGAAAGCAUUAAUCCUGUAUUGAAUUGUAAGGCAGGAAUUUGUAGUAUUGCUUUACACAAGUAUUUAACAAUAUGGAGGAGUGAAAUUCCUGUAAGCCAGGCUGAGUAAAAGUCAGGUGACCACAAAACUGAUAAGAGAAGCACAAGGAGGGGAAAUGGCAAAUUUCUAUAAGUGAAACACUUUUUGUAUCAUG